CAGAAAAGUCUUGUCCUCCCAGGGUCCCAUCUAUGGAUCCACUCCCCGAGGCCCGACAGAUCCACAGGUGGACUGACUCCUGGACUUCAUGAGAGGGGAAUAAUUUCAGUUCGGAGGGGGAGGACUGAUUCUGGCCGAAGUCUACCCAGGUGGAGAUGUCUGAGGAAAACUUGGGGGAAGAGUCGGGCAGCUCCCCUGUCUCUCCUGUGGACAGCCUGAGCAACAGCGAGGGGGAGCCGGACAGAGCGCCGAAGCGAUGUGGGAGGAAGAGGAGACCUAGCAGGAAGAGCGGGGAGGACUCAGAUAGCCCGACCCCUGGGAAAAGAGGGAAGAAGUCCAGCAGCAGCAGUCCGCAGUCUUUCGAGGAGCUCCAGUCGCAGCGCGUCAUGGCCAACGUCCGGGAGCGCCAGAGGACGCAGAGUCUGAACGAGGCGUUCGCGGCUUUGCGUAAAAUUAUCCCCACUUUGCCCUCGGACAAGCUCAGCAAAAUACAGACCCUCAAACUGGCCGCCAGAUACAUCGACUUCCUCUACCAGGUGCUGCAGAGCGACGAGCUGGACUCCAAAAUGUCAAGUUGUAGUUAUGUGGCGCACGAGAGACUGAGCUACGCCUUCUCCGUGUGGAGGAUGGAGGGCGCUUGGUCCAUGUCAACAUCUCACUAGCAUCUGGAGAAAUUAUCGGCCAAAAUGGUUCUCAAACUGCGUGAUCCAAGCCUGACAUUGAGGAAAAAAUUGCGCACCAGAAAUAAAUUUUCAUGGUUGCAAAGCAACCAAAGAGUCCACAAGAAAUCUCAACGCUGCGUUAUUUUGCGCACAAUCCUGCAGAUUUUAGUGACUGAUUCUUUAACCUCUACAUCCAGGUGACUGCUGGGGAAUCUUUUCUGAAGGGACAAAUCUGGAGUCCAAUGCUGGAUACAUGGGAAACCAAAGACAACAGAAGCUCUGGGGAUCUUUUUUUUUUUUAGAGGCCCGUGUGUUUAGCUCCAUAAAUACACCCCAUUCUGAUGAGUUCUCAUGUUGUUGACGACGAAUGUUGAUAAUAUCGUUUGUUUUGUUUUUCUUUUAACAAGAAAAUGUUUAAUGCAUGCCUUUGGACUUAUUUCUGUGGAGGUCAAAGUGCAUUAUUUGGUGGAGUCCCAGUUAUUUUUGUUUUUGUUUUUUUCUGGUGUGAGACUGUCAACUGGUGGUGUAGCUCACAUUCUAAGGCUGACUCUGUGGAUCUAACCUGUGCAAAAGAAUUACAUUUAUUUAUUUAUUUGGUGGAACAUUGAAGGAAAGAUCCUGUGUCUGAAAUACAUUCCUAUUUUUUAUUAUCGUUUUUUGUAAAUGUAUUUUUUUUUUUGCAUUAAAGAAAAAAAGACGAUAAAAGCA